AUGAUUCCAAAGGCCAUUCAUGGCUAUCUAUUGAAAAACAUGCACUUGAUCGACUAUGAAAUUAUCUCGAGAUUACUUCAUAUGGAUCUUCAUCCUGGAAAUAUCUUAAUCAAUUUCGGCUGUGAUCAAGACUGUUUUCCUAUAAUCUGUGGUCUUUUGGAUAUUGAAGAUGCUCUUAUUGGUCAUAAUGAAUAUGAAUUAAUGCGAAUUGAAAAGGGAAGUUUUGAAGACGCUCAGGAUUCCGAUGAGUAUCGAACAAAAUUUUUAUCUGCUUAUACGAAAUAUGUGAAACUAGAUGAUGGAUAUGAAUUACGAAGACCAUUUUAUUCUCUAUCAAGAGAACUUGUUGGAAUGAAAUGUUUACUAGAAUAUGGUCUGAAAUAUACACAGGCAGAAUCAGUGGAAGAACAUAUGAAAAAUAUUGAAUUGAAAAUAAGAAAGACUAUUUCGGACUCUGAAUAG